UCUUAUGCUCGCCAGCCACGAACAACGUGAUCGCGUUGCGCGCCGCUCGGCUCGAACCGCGUGACACGAACGUCACGAACCGUGUCGAGAGAACGACGGAGAAACGAAUCGGCGGAAACCGAAGCGCGCGUGCAGUAUUAAAAAAAAAAAACGAUCGCGAUAAUCGCGGAUUUCUCGCGAAGCGAGAAAUUUGGCGAACGUUCGUUUCCGACACGGAGUUGACAGUAAAUUCGCGCACGAAUCUCGCGAGGAAAGUGACGGAGAGAGGAGGAUCCUGCGACUUUCUGCGGUGCCGAGGAGGAAUCGAGAAGGAUUGAUCUUGGGUACGGAGAACAUUUCGCAGUGCUAAAAUCGACAAAGUGGACUUUGUGCCUGGUGUCGCGAAGACGCGGCUCUUCGAUCGACGCAGUUCCCUCGGAGCGAACGAUCGUUGCGCGCCUCUUAUCGCUCGAUCGCUUCGCCGCUUUUGAAAGAAACUGCGGAAGAGGACUGAUUACAUUAGCGUGUAUUACUGCCUUCUCGGUGCAACCGGAUACACGCGCGCGUCACCUCGCGUCAUCGGCUCCCGAGAGAGAAAAACACCGUGCGAUUAUUUGCUUAUCUGCAAUUCCGUAAUUUGAUCGUGAGAGACAUCGCGAGGAAAAAUCUGAGAGAGAACAACAUCGAGAGAUAGAAAUUCGUGGUGCUCACGAGCCGAGCGCGUGGAACGCAGUAGAAGAACAUUUUUUUCCUCCCGCGGGAAAAAUUCAUAUAUAGCGACGUCCGCGCGCGUGCGUGUGCUCGCCACGACUUCGCGCUGGAUUCCAUUAUUAUUCGAAUAAUACGACAGAGACAGCGGAUUAACUCCUGCGUCAACUGCGCAACGUGCGCUCGCCCGGGACGCCUGGCGUCGCCUCGUCAUUCUUUUCCGGACAUAUUUAGCCGGAAGUGGCCAAUUUAAUCGCAACUCCGACGCACUUGCCGAUGCGAUCGCUCGGCACGUGACCUCUCCGCGGCACGUGAGGUAACGUGACGACGGGCGUCGCGACGCCGUCUCUCGAAGAAUCCGCCGUGGGACCAUGCGGAGGCAUCGUUUCGAUUAGCGCGCCCCGCGAAUCAUCGAGAGGCUCGAGAGGAGCGAUGACCAUCGGCAUCUGAGUCGUCGACCGGGAAUCGCGCGGAAGCUGAUCGUGCGCAAGGAUCUCCGGGGGGGAGGGGGUUAUUAUGUUAGGAACGGGAUUAUGCUUUCUGCUGAAGGUGUUGGUGGUGGCAGGGGCGGCCGUCGCGCUCCUGCCACCACGGCUGGAGGAUCUGGAGCUGGACCACGUCAUGCCGGCCAGCCUUCAGGAGGAAUGCGCUUCCAAAUGCCCCGACUUAGACCUCACGCAGAAUCGAACGGACGACCUGAGCUCGGAGGUAGGAUGCGGCGUGAGAUGCAAGAUCGAUCAGUGUACGAAAGGCUGCGAAGCAUGGGAACAGGCGCUCGACACAAGCUGCCAAGCUGUUUGCAAUGGAACGCAAGAAUUGUUACCGCCGAAGGAAUUGUACUGCGUUUUGGGCUGCCACGAUGCGUUAAAUCGUUAUUUUCAGCAGCUCAAAGCGGAAAUCGGCAUCCCACCGGCGCCGGCGUUGGUCGCGGACUCGUUGACGGCGACGUCGCUCAGCCUCGAAUGGAAAGGUGUAGACAUAGACAGACGCGCCGGUAUAACAUACCUGGUGCAAUGGAGAUACGAAGAACGAGCUGAGACAUGGCAAUAUUGCCGGAAUCAGUCAUGGGAUCGCGAGAGCGAUCAGAUACUGGUCGAGAAUCUGCAGCCAUACACUAAGUACAGGUUUCGCGUAGCGCUGCUCCUGAAAUCGUCGCAGCACAAUCCGGAGCCGAUCUUCUCAGCGCCGAGCGUGGUAAUAUUAACGUACGCGGCCGGUCUACCGACAUCAGCACCGAUAAUUUUAAGAUCGGUGCCGGUAGACAGCUACCGCGUCUCAGUGUCUUGGGAACCGGGCCCAUUCCCGAACGGACCACUUUUGUCCUAUGUCCUGCGUCUGCAAGGGGUUGAACACUCCCAGCUUAAGGAUAUCCCAGUCUCCGACAAUACCGAUCACUACAUGUUUCAAAACCUUCAACCCAAUCAGAAUUAUUCUGUCAGCGUGACCAUGAGAAACGGUGUCGGCGAAGGUCCGCCAGCGACUGUAUAUAUUUCUACGACUCCAGAACCCACCGUCAAGGAUACUCAAGAACCGAUUCUCAUCCUCGGUGGUAAACACCUGAUCAGGAAGCAGAACGCCAAUAUGUUGGACGAGCCUAGCGUCAUUUACAGGACCGAGAAUGUGAUUUGCGGUGUCGCGGUACACGUGGCGUCUGCGCAAUUAUUUGUUUCCACUUCGAACGGUUACGUGUUCCGAACUUCGAUUAUCGAGCGAUCCACGCCGAGGGCCAUUUUGACCCCCGGAGCAAUGAGCUUUACACCCAUGAGCCUUUCCGUCGACUGGCUGAAUCUUCACUUGUACAUCCUAAAAGAAAUGAAAUACACGACGUGGCAGAUAUCCAGAUGCAAUCUGGAUGGCAAGAGUUGUACAGUGGCCGUGGCUGGCCACGUUUCAACCCGACCCUCGCAUAUCGAGAUUGAUCCUUACAAUGGAUAUCUUUUCUGGAUCUCUAAAGCGGGACUGUACAGAUUAGAUCUGGCCGCCAUCAGCAACGGUGUGAAACACGAGGUUUCACCAGAUUUAAUUCUCGAAGAUUCUAAUUUGGGUGCUUUUACAAUAGACCAUAUGAAUUUUCGAUUGCUCGUUCCUCAUAACAAAAACAACACAGUGUUUUCCGUAUCGUUGGACGGUCGCGAAGUUUUUGAUCUUCGCCCCAAUACGCAGACGCCGAAAUUCAUUAAUACUGUUUCCCUAGCCACAGCAAAUGGACUGUUCUACUGGACUAACGGCGAAGAGGUCCUUACCGAAGGCUAUCAUCCCGGCCAAGACAGAUACUUCCACAAUUCCUAUCCUGACAAGUCCAACACCUCCUUCGUAAGUGUGACCGUAUUGAUGAACGCAAGUCAACCGAUUCCCGUCCCGGUGAAUCCACCCACAGGUGUGCAAGCUGUUCUAGGGGUGGAAAGAGCAAAGAUCUCGUGGCAAGCGCCUCAUUUAUUGGGCGGCCAAGGAAAAGGUGCUUGGCAAAAUUGGUUGUAUGAGCUCGAAAUCAAAAACGAAUUUACUGGCGAAAUCAGACAGAUCAUCAAUCAUAUGAAUAUCGCCGGAUUGUCUGACACAGUUCAUAACUUGCGAGAAAGAUCGGUAUAUUUGAUCAGAGCCGCGGCCUACACGAGCGCCGGCAGAGGACCGUGGUCUACGGAAUUUCGAGGGCGAACCUUAAGAAAUGGGUCACACGCGUCUAUCUUAUGGUCGUCGAACGAAGGAAUUUUGAGAAGCGACGUAACUGGCGAAAAUAUUGACACGCUUGUUAACAAGGCGAUUCUGCAGGAGUCCGAGAAUGAAUUCCAUAUCGUCGAUGUUAGUUGGUACAAGGAUGUGUUAUACAUAGUAGGAAAUAAUUCAGCGCUGUAUCGUUAUAAUAUCAGCAACCAUCAGAAGACGAAGCUGAACAUACAUUCGGUGGGAAGCGUAGCCGUGGACUGGAUAUCGAAGAAGCUAUAUUGGGCAAAUCCAAAACAGCAGAUUAUAACAAGAGCGAACCUGAAUGGAUCUCAGCAAGAGCCGAUGUCUAUCUUAGCAAUUGUAAAAGAGCUCAUGAUCGACUCUCUCGAGGCAUACUUGUAUUGGUCCACUGGUCACGCCGUGGAAGUUGCGCGAUUGAAUGGACAAGACAGAAGAUCCUAUCAUGUGGACGAAAUUUUUACCGGCAGACAAGUAAUGGGAUUAACUCUCGAUACUGAAAACAGAUAUGUCUACUGGAUUGUUCGAAGUUACGAACACGGAUCCAUCGUCUAUCGUGCACCUACGUCUGAGAGAAUUCCAAUGAGCCAUAAAAUCAUUUCAGAAAAGGUUUCUGCUUUGCAACAUCCAAGUAUACAAGGCCCUUUGUGCUAUUUUUCCGAGCACCUGCUCUGGCUACAGGACGACAGAAACGCAGUGAUCGGUGAUCUCUCCGGUCAGAACACAGCUGUGAUCAAUGGGAUCACUUUGUCCAGCUUGUACAUGGUGGCAGUUAUAGAUCCCGCGCAUCAUAAGUACCCGAAAAAUCUGACGUCGGAGACCGUGGUGGUUCUGCCGAACGCAGUCAAUCACUCUAGCAUAAGAGUCGAAGGGACCUGGAGAAACUUCAACAUAUCGUGGGAUCCCGUGAAGAACAUUAACUACGGCACGGUCUUCUACGAGGUGAAAUUCGCGGAUUACAUUAAUACGAAUUCGAACCCGGAAAUCACGAUCGAAACGACGAUGCCCUACAAUAACUCGGAUCAGAUCUUGCCCUAUUCCAUCCUGGAAGUCACCGUGAAGGCAUUUACUUACUGGGAAACGGCGCACCAUUCUCGAAAAAUCUUGAGAUCUCCGCAGAGCGUGCCGACCGAGCCAACAUCUCCCAGAGCAUUCGUCGAGUUCUACAAAAAUAUCCUUCUACAAGAAAGCCAGGAUAUCGACAUUUUUGCAAUAUUUAGGUGGAAUCAGCCCGAGUUUACAAACGGAGUAAUCCAAGGAUACACGGUCCAUUGUUGGUCCAUUGAGAACCGAAAGGAAAAGUCAGUCUUCCACGACUACAGCAUCCCGGCUACGGAGCUAGAGUUCCUGCUGCCUAAUCUAAGACGUAACACGACCUAUUACUUCAAAGUACGAGCGCAUACUGAGAUCGGUGCUGGUCCUUUCACGGAUCCCAUCGGCGUGUCGAGCACGUAUGAGAAUCCGGUGCCCAAAUUGUUAGUCGCCACGGCCGACGCUGUGAGGAUAUCGGACUUGGAUAACGAGAUCAAUUACACGCUCACCAGGCACAUCGCGUCGGAGGUCAAUUAUUUGACAAUGGAGAAUAAGAUUUACUGGAUCAGUGAGAUGCGGGAACUGGUGACGUCGGACAUGAAUGGAGCCAACGCGACGAAGAUACUCACUUUGAACAAUACCGCGCACAGCCUCUGCGUCGAUUGGGUAGCGAGAAAUCUGUACUGGGUGGAAUAUGAAUAUAAUAAAGACGAGUGGCAAAUCAGCAGCAGCUACAUCAUGAGAUUGGAUUUAACAAUGUGGUCAAGCCACAUAGUCAAAUACGACAUUAUAUUAAGGAGAGGAGGACGUAUUCCGACUUUAGAUAUGCUGCCAUCUUUGGGCUCUUUAUAUUGGAAUGAGGGAAGUGCAAUAAUGCAGUCGGAUCUCGAGGGAAAAAAUGUGCAAUACUUUUUUAGAAACAAUAGUAGCGCGUGCACCUGUCCGCAGAGAUACCUACAGUCUCUAAUAUCCACAUUGACAAUUGACAAGACUAAUAUCAAAAAACCGAUGAUGUACUGGAUAUCAUCGAAUGGGCGCUUAAACGUGGCUGAUAUUUACGGUUGCGAGUGCAAUGUGAUAUUGCAGGCAAGCUUCAAAACACCGGCUCUCACAUAUCUCACGGUCGAUAAAAUGAACAUAUACUGGUCUAAUGAAACGGAAGAUCAAAUCUAUUUCUUGAAAAAGGAACAUUCCUUCGUGGCGGACAAGGAAAACUCGUCCAAGCCAGAGGUGAAGAGCUUCUAUCUGCCUAACGUACGUCAGAUCAAAGCCUUCGGCAAGUCCCUGCAACCCUAUCCCACCGCGAUGUGCCUGAGACCCCGCCAAAUAAACUACAACGUCGAGAGGGUGAGCGAAACGGCGGACAGCAUCCUCGUCAGUCUUCCGGAGCCGAGUCCUGAGCACGGAUGUCACAGAUACAGUCUACCCACCACGCUGUACCGCAUCAACGUGUCCCACUGUUUGAAGAACGAGGAGCCCAGCAAGUGCGAGGAGCUCACGGUGAAGACGUACGAGAGGCGUUUCGAGAUCAAGAGAUUAAGACCGUUCACGGAAUACAAGUUGAAACUGGCGCUGACCAAUUUAUACGUUGACAUGCUGUCAACACCGAAAUUCGGCGCGGAUGUGGUGCUGAAGACCAGCGCGGGCAGGCCCAGCAGGCCGGAGAACGUCACGGUUGAAGCCUUAACGCCGACGAAGGCGGCGGUUUACUGGAUGCCGCCCCAGUUGCUGAACUCCGCGAUGGUGUCCUACGAGGUGCACUGGGUAUCCCCGAUCUACUCGCAGGACGGCGUGCGACCAAAGGGCGAGCAGCUGGUCACCGACCUCAAACGCACGGCGGACGGUAGAUUUUUCAUGAUACUGCAGCCGUUGUCGCCGGGGCAGAAGUAUGUGGUGAGCGUCCGCGUGUAUCCCGCCGAUUUCUACAACUUAUACAACGACAGCCACGGCCAAGACCUUUACAUGUACUCGGAGCCGAACAACUUGACGAUGAACGGAGUAAGCAUGAACAGCAUGAACAUAUCUUGGACCCCGAGCGUCAACCUGACGCUCGACUACUUGUUGGAGUACCAGGACGUUGCCACGGAGGAGUGGCAAGUCGCGCGACACGCUGAAGCGAACGGAAGCGAAGUGGUGUAUCAUAUAAAAGGCUUGCAGCCGCGCACCUCGUACAAAUUUCGCUUGCGGCUGAAAUAUAAGGAGGACUUUAUAUGGCCGUCCGAUGAGAGAUUUACAUUCCAAACGCUCGGUGACGUCCCGAGCGCUCCGGGGGUGCCUGUAGUAACGAGAUUCCGAAAUGCCUUGUAUCAAAUUAACUGGGAUCCCGCGCAAGCUCACGGCUCGCAGGUGACUUUGUAUCGACUGGAAGGCCUGGUCGUCGACGACAGCUACAAGCCAGGCGACAAGAGUAGCGAGAACGAGCACUGGAAUUUGUAUUACAACGGAACGGAUAAUUAUUGGAUAAUUCCCGGGGACGUGGAUCAGAAGUAUCAUUUUCGCGUGCAAGCCAAAAAUGCCUAUGGUUUCGGCGCUUGGAGUAAAUCGAGCGCGAUCGUUGAUCUAACGGAGAAUGCCGGCGGAAUACUGGCUACGCAACAGCAUCUGCCGCUGAUGCUGGGCCUCAUCGCGAUCGUUAUUACCAUAGUGUUCGUGUGCUUUUGUUAUUUUUUCUGCUCAGUGUAUCGACAACGGAAAGAAGACAAGAAGACAGUUUUGCCACCGAUAGUGUCCAAUGUCGAAUUAGCGACCCUCCGUGAGAUCCCUCGCGGGAACUUCGUGCAAUCUAACGCGCUUUAUGCCUCUACGCUACAAAACGAUCCGGACGAUUCUGCACUGCCCAAAAUCAGACAAGAGCAAAUCACGCUGACGAAGUUCCUAGGUAGCGGCGCGUUCGGAAAGGUAUUUCAGGGAAAUGCCAAGGAUUUAGAAGGACCGGGCAUAACGCCCGUCGCCAUAAAGAUGCUACGUAAGGACGCCUCUUCGCAAGAGAAGACGGAAUUCGUGCAAGAGGCCAGGCUCAUGAGUCAUUUUCGUCACAAGCACGUGCUGAGGUUACUGGGUGUCUGCUUGGACACGGAUCCUCCGUUACUCGUGUUGGAAUUAAUGGAGGCCGGUGAUCUGCUAAGUUAUUUAAGGGAGAGUCGGUCCUUGCAGCCUACAGACUCGCACGCUCUGCGUCUGCAGGACCUGCUCGCCAUGUGCGAGGACGUCGCGCGUGGCUGUCGCUACCUGGAGGAAUUGCACUUCGUGCACAGAGAUCUCGCGUGUCGAAAUUGUCUGGUGUCCGCGAGAGAUCGCGAAAACCGCGUCGUGAAAAUUGGCGAUUUCGGACUAGCCAGAGAUAUUUACAAGAAUGACUAUUAUCGGAAGGAAGGCGAAGGUUUGCUUCCCGUUCGCUGGAUGUCACCGGAAUCCUUGGUGGACGGGGUGUUCACCUCGCAGAGCGACGUUUGGGCGUUCGGGGUGCUAAUGUGGGAAAUAACGUCGUUGGGCCAGCAACCCUAUCCCGCCAGAACCAAUCUCGAGGUGUUGCAUUACGUGCGUGCGGGCGGCAGGCUGCCGAAGCCCCUCAACUGCCCACCGACGUUGCACCAGCUGAUGCUGCGUUGCUGGAGCACGGCGGACGCCAGGCCGAGCUUCAAAAUUUGCCUCGAGAGCAUCGUCGUUCUGAGAGGUCACAUAGAAGACGCAGUGCUGAGCCCGGCGCACGCUGGGCACUAUCUGGCACGCAGAGGCGUGUCUAACAUGGCUUACUUUGCUGAAGAGAAUCAGAAUCAUAAUAAUUCAGGAAACUCCUGGAAGUCCAGUAGUUCCGAGGGAAGUCGAGACAUGCAACCUUUCCUGCAAAACUCGAACAACGCCACGCUCGGCCCGCAGUCCGGCGAGGCUCCCAAGUAUCUAGAAUUAUUAGCGGACAACGAGGACAUUGUCCUGAGGGAGAAUCCUACGAACGGUUACGAAGUACCUCGCUCGAUCCACAUCUCGGAUCAGAACCUAUCGAAUAUAAGCACGAUCAGUUGCACAAAUCACGAUCGUAAGAGCAGCCUGCCUACGGAGGCCACGGAUGAGCGGAAGGAAUGCUCGACGGAGGACAGGAAGCUGUCUAACGGGAAGCUGUACAAGAGAUCGUCGAUCGCUAGUCUGAACUUGCCGGAUCAAAAGGGCACGUCGAUUUCAGGAAUGCCGGAGAAGUGCAACACGCUGGACAGCUCGAAAUCGGUGAACUCGAUCGCGAAGGCGACCCUGAAUAGAGGCUCCUUCUCGUCCCUGAAUGGCCAGAGGAAGUACAAGAUCGGCUUGAACGAGCGACGGGAUUCCGAGGCGAGCAUCGAGGAUAAAAGCUGCAGCACGCACAGCCUGGCGCCUUCGACACGUCCCAGUUCGUCCCUGAUCACCUCGCAGACGGUCCUACCGUGCCUGAAGAGCAACGUCGUCGUCGUCUCGAGCGCCGUGAACGGGGAGGUGCUCUCGAGCGAGAGCGCGGUGACGAAGAGUACGUUGCCGAAGGUCCAGAGGACUCACUCGAGCUUGCAGAACGGCAAGGCGAACAUACCGCUCGUGAUAAACAGCGCGCUGCUGAAUCUACUGCGGCAGACGCCCGUCGUCGAGGACGCACCGUCGUCGACGCCGAGCGGCAAUAUCGUCACGUAUACUAAUAUAAACGCGGACGCUGUCAGAGUGAAUGGAUCGUGAGUCGCUGACCGUGGCAAAUCUCGGAAGAUUCGUACGAACGCUUCGUAUAAAAUUAGGUGUACGGAUCGUAGAUUCUGAGCUUGAAUGACAUAAAUCGAGGCAAUUACAUAUUCCAAUAUUUAUAAAAUAUGUGACAAUAGAUUUUUCUACAUCACUCUCGCGUACUAUUUUUGAAACAAUUUUUUUUUUUAAAGAUUCCCACGGAUCUAUUCUUCACGAACUAUUCAGACGGAGUUGCCUUGUAGUAUGUAAAAAAUUACUCGAGACAGUCGCUACCAUUUUGCUCAAAUUUUUUGUUUCUUUUUUAUCCUAAAAUACGGUGCCUUAAAUAUAUCAAACUACGUACGCUCAUACAUUAAGCUCUGCUUAUUAUCAUUAAUGCCCAAGUAUUUCGUAUGUGAAGAAGAUAGAGAGGAAUGCGCGGAGUUGAGAAUAGCUUUAAACUGCCCUUUUAAUGUACAUACAUGAUCUUUUAUACUCAAAAAUUUGUUACGCAGAUAUGGCAGAUUGUUUCGGAACGUAUAAAUUUUGUAACUUUAGUAAUAAAUCGCGAAACUGUUAUUUAAUAGAAUUAAAUAGGAAUAAUAUGUUGAUAUAGAAUGAUAAAUGU